CUUGUGCUUACUCAGGUGACGAGGCAGCUUCGCAACCAGCUGCGGAUGCUCAAGCUCAACCGCAGAAGCUCCCCACCUCCGAUCCUACCGCUGCCGGUUGUUUCAAACUUUAAACUCCCCCCACGCCAAGUCCCCGUCUUCCCCACCCGAAUCGAACGUUGCCACCUCCCCAUUCCCACACAGCCACACCAGGACGGACCUCCUCGAUCAAGUCUCGUCACCUCUCCUCCUCCCCGGUCCAUGCCGCAAACCACCUGGCGUACGUGCACCACCACCUCACCUUGCCCCACGAUCGAUCCCGACCUCGCUCGUGCGCACGUGAUGGUGCGGCGCGGGGCGGCUGCGGUGGCGGCGGCGGCGCGCGAGGAGGAAGAGUCCUCGCCGGCGCAGCGGCUGGUCGAGGCCGCGCUGCGCGGGGACUCGGCGGCCGUGGAGGCGUGCCUGCAGGCGGCCGCGGACCCGGUGGACGCGGACGUGCCCGCCGCGAGCCGCGUCGGAGUGGCGCGCCUGCGCGUGAGGUCCGCGAACGUGGCGCUGCGGGAGGAGGCGGCGGGAGAGGUGGUAGUGGAGGCGCAGGAGCUGAAGACCGACGUCUCGCCGCUCUUUGCCGCCGCGCACGCCGGGCACGCCCGCAUCGUCCGCGCCCUCCUGGAGGCUGGAGCUGAUGUUAAUCAGAAGUUAUUCUUAGGUUAUGCAACAACAGCUGCUGCACGUGAAGGAAACAUUGAUGUUCUAGAAAUGCUUAUGUUGGCCGGAGCCACCCAGGACGCUUGUGAGGAUGCACUAUCAGAAGCUAGUCUUUUUGGUGAGGCUGAAGCAGUUCGAAUCCUAGUUUGUUCAGAGACGCUUGGUUCUGGAGCUGUGGCACAUGCAUUAGUGACUGCUGCUUCAAGAGGAUUCGAUGAUAUAGUGAUUAUAUUACUCAAGAAUGGAGCUGAUGUUAACUGCACGGCUCGGGUCCUCUUGAGGUCAGUUAAGCCUGCGCUCCAUGCUAAUGUGGACUGCACACCGCUAGUGGCAGCGAUUAUGAGUCGGCAAAUUUCCACUGUAAAACUCUUGAUAGAGGAAGGUUCUUACAUGGACUCUCUUGUGCAAGUUGGUUCUUGGUCUUGGGACCCUGCAUCGCCUGAAGAAAUUCGAGUAGGUACAUGCCUUGGUGAACAUUACAAUGCUACUUGGUGUGCAGUAGAAUACUACGAAUCCAGUGGUGAAAUUCUCAAGCUACUGCUUGAUAAAGCUCCUUGGUUGUUGGAAUCACCAAAAAAGGGUCGAAAUCUUCUGUGCCAUGCCAUUCUCUGUCAGAACCCUAGUGCAGUACGUUUGCUUCUGCAUGUUGGCGCCAAUCCUAGAUUUCCCAUCAUGACAGAAGGAGGGCAUGUUUUUUGUCCUAUGCAUUUGGCAGCAAGAUUGGGUUAUGCGCAAGUAUUGAAACAGCUGAUGCUACAUGGAGCAGAUGUGAACGCAAAAACCUCUACUGGGGAUACUCCUCUCAUGGUCUCUGCAAGGACUGGUCAUCCUGACUGUUUCCUGGAGUUGAUAAAAUUUGGAGCUGACCUUGGGAUAGUCAACCAUGAAGGGGAUACAGCAAUUUUGAUAGCUGAGAGAAGUUCAUCUCACUACUCAGUUGUCGACACUCUCUUGAGAACGUUGAACUGUGGAGCAAGCCUUAUUUCAUCAGAUAUGACUGUCUUCUCCCCGCUACACUUCUUUGCCAGAAGUGGGCGUGCAGAACCUCUUCUGAUGAUGCUACAUCAGUCAGCUUCAGAUUUAAACAAGCUUGAUGGUUCAGGGCUCACUCCUGUUAUGGUUGCUGUCGAGUCAGGUCAUGUUGAUAUUUUCAGGAUCUUAGUGAUGGUGGGGGCAGAUAUCACAAUCAGAAAUAGAGAAGGGAAAUCUCUGAUGUCGAUUAUUCAACAAAAAUCUUCAGAGAUUAGAGAUUGCUUUGAACAGAUCUUGCUUCAAGCUUCACUUACCAACACACUCACUGGACAAACAUUAUUCAGACCUCUGCAUUAUGCCGCCCGAAUUGGCGACAAGUCAUCUUUACUGCAACUUCUAACAAUGGGCCAUGAUCCCAAUUCAUUGGAUGAGGAUGGCUUCACCCCUCUGAUGCAUGCAGCUGCUUCCGGCAGGUUAGACUCGUGCAAAAUAUUGGUAUCACACGGAGGGGCAGAUUACAGCCUUGUGAAUGAAAGAAAUGAGACAGCCUUAUCGUUAGCAAGGAGGAGCAGUAUAUCGAGCAAAGCAACAGAAGAGUGGUUGCUGGGUCAUCUUUCGCGUGCUCAUGUUCUUGCUGGGGAGGAGCUGAUGAAACACACUCGAGAAGGAAAGGGCUCGCCUCACCAAAAGACUGUCCGCAUGACAAAAUCUGGCGUGCUGACAUGGGGAACCUCUCGCAGAAGGAAUGUGACCUGCAAGGAGGCAAGAUUUGGGCCAAGUACGAGCUUCACGAAGAACAGAAGGAGCAUCGACGGAUCUGCGCAGCACCUGAUCUUUCAGGUUGUGACGGUGACAGGCAGAGAGGUCCAUUUCGAGGCCAGUUGUGCUUCCAGUGUGGAAUUCUGGGUAAAAGGGAUCAAUCUCAUUGUAAAAGAGUCCAUAUGGUCAACGCCGGAUAAAGAGACACUGGAGUCUUCAUGAAGCACGGCCCUGGGAAUGAUAAUAUGAGCGUGAAUUUUGCUCCUUUCUCAAAAAAAAGAAAGGGUAUACAUUCUGCUCUAUAAGUUAAUAGCUUAUUUUUGAAGCUUGUAGGUAAUAAGAUAUUUAUUCGAGAUGGCUAAAGGCUGAAAGUAACAUAUUUAUUGAGUCUCGUGGUCAUGCUUGGUUUGUGGAUUUUGGAUGUAAAGUUUGCGAACCCGAAUCUGAAAUAUAUUUAUGUUUGAACGUAUAUAAAUGUUAUUAUUUGUGGUGAUUUAGUCUUGUUG